GUUGAUCGGUACCUGUACCAGAUGCGUCUUUCUGAUGAUACGCUCCAUGAUGUGAUGACUCGCUUCCAAGCAGAGAUGGUGAAAGGUUUAGGAAGAGAUACCAAUCCAACGGCUGCAGUGAAAAUGCUACCAACGUUUGUGAGGUCACUUCCUGAUGGCUCAGAAAAAGGAGAAUUCCUCGCUUUGGACCUGGGUGGUUCCAAAUUUAAAGUCCUACACGUUAAAGUAGCUGAAGAAGGAAAACAACAUGUACAAAUGGAGAGUCAGUUCUAUCCAACACCUAAAGAAAUCAUACAGGGAAGUGGAACAGAUGGAGUCCUUUUUUCAUGGACAAAACAUUUCAAAGUCCGAGGGGUACAACAGACGGAUGUGGUGAGCAAUCUGUGCAAAGCCCUCAGAAAGCACAAGGACAUUGAUAUAGAAGUUUUGGCAUUGGUCAAUGAUACAGUGGGAACCAUGAUGACCUGUGGAUAUGAUGACCAGCGAUGUGAAGUUGGUGUCAUUAUUG